CUCUCUCCUCUUUCCGUCUCCCUCCCUUCUAACCUGCCUCGCAUUCCUCUGCAGCAAGUUUGCACGUGUUUUGAGUUGCGGCACUUCAAUACCGAACACACUUUUUCGCCUUUGAUUCUCGAUUAUUUCUAGUUAAUAUGCAGAUUCGUCGUUGUUUAAUCGCCCAGGUUUGAUCAUAACUACCGUUUUCAUCGUGUGAGUUUAAAAGGAGCUCUCCUCGGAUAAAUAAUCAUCUAAGAUAAUCAGGUUAUACCUGCAGUUUUGGCCCAUUCGUAUCGGAGCCUGAUCCAAUGAAAAACGAAGAAAGAUACCUAUUCUGCUGCAGAAAGUGAGCAUAUAUCAAGGAAGCUUUAAUUGUACUGGAAUUAGACCUCUAGAAGACUCAUCAGCCAAAAUGAUUGUUAGCACAAUUCUCAAUCCUAAAUCCUUCUUCUACCCAAUCGACAACAUGCCACCAUCUUGCUUAACACAAGAUUUACCGCCAGAGCAAAAUGCCGAUAUCCUCUCUCUGGGUUGCGGUGAUGCUAGAAAUAUUCUUUUCACGUGUUUCUCUGACAACAAGCGGAAAAUGGACGUGACCUGCUGCGACAUCGAACCCUUGAUUCAUGCUCGAAAUGUGUUGUUGUACACCUUAUUGAUUGACGAUGAAUCCAAUUGUAACAUUGAGCAGAUUUACAAUAUUUACUACCAUUGGAAAAUAGAUGAAAAGUCAUUGCUACUUCUGGAGUCUCAAACUCAAAAGCUUCUUCAAAUUUCUUCAUCAAUAGAUGAUUGGCAAAACUCAGCAUACGGCCCGAGCAUCCGUUUUUGCGAUGAAAAGUCUCUGUCUUCCAUUAGAUGUCAUUGGUUGGGCUUCACGUCACAAGGUCUUUCCUUACCUGAAAAGAAGCGUCGAUUGAACCAAUUAGAGGCUGCCCUCAAAAGAACCAAGGCCCACCGACCCAAUAAGAAUACGAAUCUCCCAGAUGGGACAGGUUUCCGUUCCACUUUUCCUACCGCCACUCAAGAUGAAGCUUAUGCUGAUCUUAGCAAAGUGUCUCAGCAGUGGUGGGAGUACGGCACAGUCCCGGGGAAUAAUUCAACAGCUCUGAGAUCCCCGCAUUUGAACCCAGCUUUUUUCUAUUCGCCGAACAAUAAGCUCACUUUGUAUCAUAACAUGUCAUCUCUCGGCAGCAUUCCUCUGAGCAAUGCUUACACCUCGAUCUGCAAAGAAUCUCCUUUCCGCAUCAAUGGCAGGAGCCUAUCAUCAACAGAGCGUCUGGUCAAUUGUGCCAAGGGACAUUUCACACAAUGGGCUUCAGCAUUCAGGAAAUCCGUGGCAGGUGGGUUAGUAAUCCGUAUUUUUUCAGGGGAUGCCCUCGCUUUCUGCUUCACCUUGCUUGGUUAUCAAGCGACACGCUCAACAUCCGUCAAUUUGUUCUCUCACAGCAUGACAAGUAGCCCUAUUAUCCUUCAUCACGGUGACUAUAGUCUGGAAACCAGUGCUGCGCCAGUAAGCUUUGAUAUCAUUGAUACGUCGAAUCUCAUCGACUCGUUGGGACCUUUUAACUUGCUUGCCUUAGGAUCUAGUCUGCUCAAAUGUAAUGCAUCAAGCAGCCUCUAUACUGAAAUGUUGUUUAUGUUGGAUCGUAAUCCUGUAGAUCGGCUAUCCACACUUUUCGGUGUUGAUGUACGUUGCAUGACUCUGUUGCUAGGUCUUGUUCUCCCCGAUCUCUUCACGAAUGCCACAAACUCAGUUGAAGAUCAUCGUGACACCGGAGCAGAAGGAGGUAAUGAUCACCGCAUUGUUUUGGUACGUCAAGUUCGGUCACGUCUUCGCUGGAAGAGGUCAGGAGGAUAUCGCACAUCUCCAUUCUCUCCACCGAUUCAAGUAGAAGCAAAGGAACUUGCCAAACUUCUAAUUCGUAUCCAUAAUUCAAUGUUCAAGUCGGAUGAACUUCUACUGCCGGCAGAUUAUUCCAAUCAAGCAGAGUGGAAGGUAGAUUCCUGUAAACUCAUGUUUCGACCUUACACACGUGCAAGUUUUGCAUUUCUUCUGAGCGUCCUUAAAAACAGAGUUAUUUCAGAUUGGGAUGCUUGUUUGAAAGAAAUGUACGACGGACUUUAUUCUGCUAACGGCCGAUUCUCAACGAAAGUUCAAUUUAAGCAGGAACUCGCCCUUAACAUGAAACUUUUUGGAGUUGAUAGAAGCCUUUUCUCCAAGCCGAAUCCUGAAGACAUAAAUCAAACUAUUUUUGUCUCGAUUGCCCGUCAGAGCAAAGAUUUACCAGAUCAGGUGUGUGUGACACUGCGAGUGCCUAGGAAGGAUCUUGCUGUGCUAGAAAAAUCUUCUUCAUCACACCCCUUAGUGAUUAACAUUUGUGGCGUGGAUGAGCAUGGCGAGGAACACCGCCAAUCCUUCUCAUGUGUUCAGAUUAUGUUUGGAAAACGGCAGCAAAAAACUGAGGCGGGAAUUUCUUAUCCAUUUUUCGAAGAGGACAGUGCCAUGCUAUCGGGUUCAUCAGAUAUGUAUGCGUCAGUGCUAGUUCCAACCUCAUAUCUAACUUUACUGUGCAAAUCCAAAAAAAUCACCCCUCUAGUGGAGUGUGGAUUGAAAUAUUCCUCUGCGACCUUCCUCGAAUUCGCUGAGAUAUUAGGUCUAAGUCUUCAUUUCUCGUUCAGUCAACUAACCAGUGGUAGGGUCUCUAUCACUCGCUUCAUGCCAGGAAUGCCUGAGCUUCCUAAUUUUGUUUCAACCGGCAGUCAAAUGGAUAUGGCUACUUCAGAUGCAACUGUAGCACACUUUUCAGACGAUGGUCUGAAGUUGAAUGUCUUAGUCAAACGUAUCACAUUGGAGUCAGAAGCUGCGAAGACUGCACUAGCAGAUGUAUCCUCCGAGGUAAAGAUAAAGUUUAAAUCACCAUGGAUUGCUAACGUCAGUAUUGCUAAAGAUUUCGAUUUUCAGCUCGAGUUCCCGGUUCCUAUGUCUGCUCUCAACCCUAAACUAAAAAUUGCGAGGAAAUCAUCAUAUAUCGAAGUAGAAGCAAGUCUUCUUAAUCCGCUCGUAGAGGAUGCCCCGGUCUGCAUGUUCCCAUGUCUUCUUAUGAAGUUUCCAUGCGGCAUGGUACCAGUUCCAUGGACAUCACCGUACAUCGAUCUUGAUGUGAUGCCAGCGGUACAUAUAGAUGGCUCAGUGGGAAAGUACGGCUCAUGGAUACACAAACAUGCCUCUGAAAUGUUUUCUGCUCGCGAUCAUCAAAGACGCAAGUUAAAUUUAGGAUGGAAUUCGAGAAUGAUCCUCAAACAAGGACUGCUACUUUUGCAUAUGGUGUACUCAGGUUAUCGAGGCAAAAAAACGAACUAUUUCGGACUGAGAACUGAUAAGCGGGUUCAUACCCUCUUUUUCCCAUCUUGUCUUCGCCUAGAUUUGGCUAGGAACACCACUGUGCUUGACUGUGCAUUAAUUCAGCUCACAAAUGAUGUGAAAUUAGACCCUCUGGUGUCAAAAUUUCUCAAAGAAAUAAAGGAUAACGGCGCGUUUCUCAUUUGCGUCACAGAAACUGAAAAUAUUGCUUGGAAGUCAAUGAUGGCUGUCAUGGCUGAGCGCUGUCGAACUUGGGAACAUAGAUCUGAUUGUGAAUAUGUACUAGCCGGUGAGGCCCCGCUCUCCAAAGGGCUUCGCCAUGAUCGCAAGUCUUCUAUCUGCUCGUGUGGUAUUGGAAAGUUUCCUGAAGGCUAUCUUAAAGAUGAAAUGAAGAAUUUCUCAAACCUGGACCAUAUACUCAACCACUAUGGAACUCGGGUUGCACUUUCACUUGUUUUUUCUGCUCCGCAUGUUGAGAAAUGUGGGACAGAAAUACCGAAUCCUGAUUUCCAGGCCCUACUUGCCGAUAGGUGUGAGAAGUGUGGCAGUGACAAAAAGGAAAAUGGUCCAGCUGGUGAACAAGCUUUAUUGAAUUGUUCAAAAUGCAAAUCAGUAAAAUACUGCUCAGUUGAAUGUCAAAAAUCUGAUUGGAAAAUGCAUAAGAAAUCUUGCAAGGCAUAGUUUAAUGUUGUUUGUAGAGAAGCUAAUCAGUUCAACAUAAGAUCUAAGUUUUGUUGACAAUGUUGAACCAAUUUUAUUUUUAUAAGUAAUAACACUGAAGACGGUGCUGCAAACUAUUAAGUAGUACUUCCUCUGUAAUGCUGACCCAUAAUUACAUCUAAUUCAUGUAUCAAUUCUAGCGAUAAGUGAUCAUCUAUCAGUACUAUUACCUCCGUAAUGCUGACCAAUAAUUAGUUAUAAUUCAUGUAUCAAUUAUUAUUCUAUAGCGAUAAGUGAUUUUUACUAUUACCUACUACCUCUGUAAUGCCGACCCAUAAUUACCUCUAAUUCAUGUAUCAAUUCUAGCGAUGGGUGGCUAUCGUUGGUUCGCCCCUAUUGUCUUGGAACUAAAUUUUUUGUCAUGUUAUUUUUAUUUUUCUCAAAAAAAUGGGCCCAUGAUUCCAUUUUCCCCCUUUUUCUCACGUGUGGGGCUGAAACCGUAAACAGGAUGCAGGAUUGUCCUUUAACAUCAUCGAGAUUCGUAAAAGGUGUAACUCUUCUCCCAGCAAAACUGAAAGCCUGCAUCUAUUAUUUGUAGGAACCUCAUUCAGUGACUACCUAAUUCUUCCUCAGCGUUUCUCUCCAAAUUCCAAUUUUGAUUCUCCUUUUCAUUCUUGUGAUAACGUGAGACGGUUACUCGCUGAAAUUUUUGUUACUUUUAUCAAUGACAUAAGUAUUUUACCGAUGAUAGUUUUAAUUUAACAUUAAGUAUUUGAAUUAACCGAAUAUUACUAGCUUUAUCAUAUUUUUGCCACUUUAUUUUCUUUCGUCUUCACUUUUUUUGGAAAAGUUUUCUCUCUAUCCCUUCCCCUACUCUCUCUCUCUCUCUCUCUCCCUACCUUCUUCCCCCAUCUCAAAUGCUCUCGUUCUCUUGUUAAUUUUACCAUUUGCAUUGAACAGCCAUUAAAGUGAAAAUGAAAUGAAAAUACUAGGUUAGUAGCAGGUACUUUUUUUUCUCCCAUGUAUUUAUUUAUUUUUUUUAAAUUUUGAAGUGAAUCAAUCAGCGCCAUUGUACAAGAUCUUGAAAAUUCUCAAUAAAAAUAAUAAUAAAGAAAUUUAGAUAAUUAACUUACCCUUCCAUCCCAAGUGACAAUUGUUCUUUUUUUAAAAAAAUUGUUUUUCUCGGUUCAGUGAGAAUCUGCACGAGAGACAAUGAAACGAUUCGUUUCACUGACUCGGAUACCUUGUUUUAAUUCCUACUUGUGAUUAGCUCGCAAAAUAAUUAAUGUUUUUACCUCAAAUUUGUUUAUGUGUAGUAUGUAAGUGUUGCUAAGAUUUAUAUUUGUGAUCUAUGUAGUUUUGUAUUCGUGGGACCUGAUUUUAUUGUUCCAUGUAAGUUCUGAAGACUGUCAAUGACUGUUACUUAAUUUUCUCUCUCAAUUUUUAAUUUUUGCUCAUUUUUUUGUAUUUUAUAUUUCGUCAAAAUAAUAUUGCCCAGAAUAUAUGUACCGCCAGUGAGCUCUAAUUAGGCAUAAUUAUUUUUAGAACUGAGUGAAUGUAGCUUAUAUCUUACUUUCUAUUUGACUUUAAAUACAUGCACUGAAAUUUAAAGAAA